UUCGUAAUUGUGUUAUAAUUUUUUAAUGUUUUCUUUUUGAGUUGGACAUGGAAGGACUUAAAAGUACAAUCCUCAAGCAAGACAUAGCUUUAGCGAAAAAACUUCAGAAUGUUGGGAAUUGGAAGAAGAGACUCAACUUCAACGAUGAUGAGUUAAGGGAACGCCAAAAGAGCAAAUUCCAUGGCCACCCGAGGGCAAUCGACGAAUCUGAAGAAGAAUCCGAUCCAUCACCACCCACACCAUCUUCAAGUGUGUCUUCAAUAAACGCCAAUUUGUUCAAGGAAGAAAUAAUCAGACAGGCACUAAACGGCAACCAAAUGGUCAAAGACUUCUCUGUUAUGCUCAACCAGGAGCAAAACCAUGACUACGUUUCCCCCAAAAAUGAUCUAAUAUUUGGGGGCGACAACCUGGACUUUCUGCAAAACUACAACAAAUCCAUGAAGGACAAAAGAACCAAGAAGUAUGUGGACUCCGCAAUCGAAAUGAAAACCUCGGAGAACAGGCGGAGUAAGGUGCGCGUUUUCGAAGAAAAAAACAGGCGCAAAUUGAAGAUCGACAACAGAAAGUGCAGCAACGUGCAGAAGAACGACAUCAUCGAUUCGCUCUUCGAUAAGAAGUUUAAGGUGGUGGUCGAAAAAAUUCUGCAUGGUUUGAACGAUGUACUCUUGAUCUUGGAAAAAGGUACUCCUGAAGCUGAUGGUGAAGAGGAUUACGUCAAGAGGUUCGAUAGGGUGAAAGGUUUUUCGUCGAGGUUCGUCAGGAAUUACCUUUAUCCGUUGGAACAACAGCUGAAAUGUUUCGAGCAUGGAAAACCUCAAACCCCCAAUCAAAAAUUGAUAACCUGCUACCAUUUGGUUUGCCAAGGGGUGCAGUCGUACCACAACCACCUACCCACAUCUGUGGGAAAAUGUGCCUUUGAAAAGAUGAUUUCUCUCAUGUCAGAUUUGAUAAAAAUCUGCGAUGUCCAUGUGGGACUGAUAGAGAAUUUAGAUGAAAGUGUUUCUCAGGAAUACAUUUAUAGCCUUAAAAAGAAGGGCGAACAACUCAUACCCAAAUUGACAGAAAUAUUUCGCUCCAAGUCCAAUGAGAGUUUACUGAAAUCAAACAACACUAGAACGACUUUGGUGUCAAAAAACGCAAAAAGUACCAAGAAUAAUAAAAAUAGGAAGUUCCAAAAUCGAUAUGCAAUGUAUUCAUCAUCCAAUUUCUACAGAAAGGAUGUUGCCUUCAAAAAGGCUAUGGACCAAGUAUCAAAAAAAAAGUUCGAUGUAAAAUCUAAAUACAAGACGGCAACGUUUAAGCACAGACCACCAGUGGAAAAAAUUGAGGAAACCAAUGGUAACAUUUUCCAAAAUCCAAAAUCGUUUUUCGCCAAAAGGUCCUCCAGUAUAAUUCGAUCCAGUCCAGUUUUGAGUGCUAGAAUUGACGACACCGUCAAAACCCAAAUUGAGGUAGAGACCCUGCAACCUCACACCACGCCCAACGACAGUAAGGAGAACAUUAGUCAUGACCAAAUACAGACGAAACUUCUCCAACUGGUACAAAACAAUUCGGAUGUGAAAUGCUCUAGCCAAGAGGAGAGUAGAGAAGUCAGAGAUAUGCUUCACGAAUACUUCCGCAACAAGGAGGGCAAGCAGAUUCUGCAAGAGUUGGCCGACGAGCUUCAGAAGGAACACGCUGAAUGCAAAGAGAAUGUUGAGAGGAAGCUAUCGAAGACCAAGUUGGAUGUUGUGGAAAAUAAGACUCCAGAUACAGCAAGAUCAAAGAAAGAGCCGAUUAUAACAAUAACAGGACCAAAAAACGCAAAGUUGAUAUGCAUUAAAGAUGAAAAUUCAGAGGACGAAAAAAGCAAUACAAAUCACAGAAAAAAUGUACAGGAUGUUGGUGUGAAAAGGGCUCCUUUGAAGCUCACUCGUAUGCCGAAGAAUUUCAGGUGUCUAUCCUUUUUUGAGGAUAGCCACGCAAUUAACAUCAUACAGUAUAAGUUGGAGUUCAGGAAUGCCUGCAAGAACAACCCCCUGUACAUGAAAACCACCAAUCUACAACCCUGGCUACUCAUGGGAAAAUUUUCGGACAGUAUCCUUGACUACGCAGUACUGGAAGUCGCCAAAGAAAUCGAGCUGAACAAUAUACCCGACCAAGUUUACCAGGAAGAAAUGCAAAUAUAG